AUUUGCCCCAAGGGCAGCCUCCUGCUCCCUCCAGACCAGAGGCAAUACCAUCGGAGUCAGAAUCCGAGAACUUUGAAGGAGAGGCGUCCGGCUCCAAACGGCCUUGGACGGGCAGUAGUGUUUCAGUCGGCAAGGGUAAGGUACCUGCCAAACGCCCAAAACCCCCUGACACUCCUUUGCAUGACCCAUUAUCUAUAGUGGACGUAUGGCACGCGGAUUCAUCUAGUGUAUCAGAGGCUUCAGCAAAUCUGGUCUUGCCCAGAGAUUUUGACUCACGCUUCGUCCGUGAGUAUUUGGUGGAUGAGCCCCACCUAGAUGAUCCCAGGUUGGCGGAAUUGGGCCCUAAAGACCUAGGUGCAGCCACUUACUGUUUGGAGACACAUUUGUCAAGGAAUUAAACCGCCACGUAUCCGUGAUGACAUCAUGGAAUAAGGCCAAACUGUCAAUGAGGAAGGUCUUUCAGACUGACCUUUGUUUUUCUGGGAGGGCUGGUCGACCGCCGGGCCGCCAGCCGUUCAUCCACAGGCUCCUGGUACUUCCCUCAGAACCAGAGGUCCUACAGGACUCCGUUCCAACAGAGGGCCUUCAACCCACGCGGAGAUGGUAGAGGCGCUUCUGGUUUUCCCAGGGGACGCUCAGUUUUCGGUAAGUCCGAAUGCUUCUUGUCCUUCGUUCCCUUCCUCGGGGUUGCGGGCCAUAUAUCAUCUUUUUCCACGACUGGGUGUGGAUUUCGUCGGACCCUUGGAUCCCCCUAACGGUACAGGUUCUCUUGGCGGACGGGUUCUCCAGACACUGGCGGGAUGCGAGCGACUGGAGACUUCUCGGUCGGGUCUUGCACCUGGACCUAUUUGCAUCCAGGACGAAUCCCCAGACGGUCAUUUCGAGGGUCAUCCAUCACCUGUGUUGGGACGGGGGGCCUUUGGUUCUGGUGACCCCCCCCGUGGCAUGCUCAGCCGUGGUUUCCAGCCCUGCUGCAGUUAUCUGCCCAGGAUCCUCUGGAGAUCCCAUCUCUGUACUAUCCCCUGACAGGCCCGGAGGUCCAGGUUCAUGCGCUCAUCCUGGAAAGACAUCUCCUCCUGGUCGUAUGGACGAUUUCAGGGGACCCCGAACGGUCUCGGGCCUAUUGGAGGCGGCUCAGUCCUUGCUCCGCAAAUCUUGGGCUCCAGGUACCAGUAUGUCAUACCGGACAGCUUGGCGAGGCUGGGCUCCUUGGAGUUUGGGACGGCACAUGGAUCCCCUUGGCUCCCUUAGUCUGCCACCUUUUGCGUGGUAUUCAUUUAUCCCGUCCUUCGGCGCCGCGCUACGGUUCUCUGUGGGAAGUAGCUGUCGUGUUAGUUUUCCAUUCGGGAUGGCCAGACAACGAUUCACUCUCCCUCCAACAGUUGUCGGCGAAACUUACCCUUCUGUUGUGUCUCUUAUGCUUUCGUAGGGUUUCAGAUGUUAGCGCUUUGGAUGCUCAUGCUGUCUCUAUUCUCCCCCGAGUUGUUCUCGUCUGUAUCCUAUCCCUUUUUUCUAGACGACCCAAAAAUGUGUCGCCGGGUGUGUCAGGACUUAUCUGUCACGCACGACGUCGAUACAUCCGGUCUUGACAUCUCAACUCCUCCUCUCCUUUGUGAAACCUUUCAAGGCUGUUUUUCUUCUCCUACAAGAGCAUCGGUGCUCUUUCCGUCAGGGGGGCUGCGGCCUCCUGUGCCCUUCGGGCUGGUGGAGCUUUAGUGGCUAUUCUGCGAGCGGCGGAUUGGUCCC